CAUGGCCGCUCUAAAACUGAGUACCCUGGAGGACCACAUGAGUUUACAGGAUCAAGAGGUAACUGCACGCCGUGGUAGAAUCAACUUUGACCAGUUCCACCAACCAUUUGAUCCUGGUGAUGGAGGAAUGUCGCCCAUGGAGGAGGACUAUCUAGAUAAGAUGCUCCUGGAUAGUGGCCAAGCUCAUGCAGACUUAUGGGAGGGGGAGCAUGACUUCAUAGCACACAAUAAUGACCGUAGUGAUGAUGUGUCGGAGGGGUCGAGUGAUGGAGAAGAGGAGAUGGGACUAUCAUGGCAGGAUGACAAGGUUACAGAUAAAGGGGCCAAGGCCCUUGGUUCACUCCCUUUUGAGCCUUCAACACCACCUGGAAUACAGAUGCGAAUGCUUACAAGGUUUGUUCGACAGACAGCUAAGACUCCCAUACAUUUCUUCUCCUUUUUCCUGUCCUUCGACCUAGUAGCCUCCAUUUGUAAUGCUACCAAUGCCUAUGCUGAGAUGGUCAUUAAGAAGGGUCAGUUCCAGUGUUAUGCCACUCAGGUCCAGCAGAAGGAUGUCUGGUCAAAGGUCACUACCAUGGAGAUGUACAAGUUCAUUGGUAUCCUCAUGUAUAUGUCACUCAACAAACUACCGAAUCUGGAGUGCUACUGGUCUGAAAUGGAUGACCCUGUGUUCGGUCCAACAAGUGAACUGGUCAGGGAGAAUAUGUCCAAACAUCGCUUCAUGUCCCUGCUUGCAUUUCUCCAUGUUGCACCACCAGGAAACAUUAAAAAAGAAGAGAAGAUCAGUUAUGUUAGGCCUCUGCUGAAGCACAUGAAGACUGUUUCCCACACAUUGUACUUUCCCUAUCGAGAACUAUCCAUAAAGGACCGGAUGCUGGAGACCAAGAAGAGGCUAGGAAAUCUAGAAAAUGAACCACACAGAUAUGGAUGCAAACUUUUCGGUCUUGUUUGUGCAGUCACAGGAUAUACAUAUGAACUCUUGUUGUAUGUCGAGAAAGCCGAUUAUAAAUGGGCUAAUCAUCCUGAGGGAAUUCCGUAUUCUAUAGUACACACCCUAACAGCUGACUUCCAGAACCAAGGGUACCAGUUGUUUCUGGAAGGUUAUUUCAUGUCUAAGACUUUACUAAGGGAUCUGUUCAGCAGCUCCAUCUUUACGACCAGUACCUUGAAGGCUGGAAGCCCAGUGGUGCCAAGCUCUCUACGCGAUUGGCAGGAAUGGGAUGAAGCAGCUAAAAAGGGAGACUUUCGAUGGCAGCGAGAGAUGGACAGUUACUAUGUAGUUGUACAACACAAGGAUACCAGCACUAAAUCAUAUCUAUCCACAUUACACAUGGGGUCAGCAGUGGACUCCAAAACACACAUACCCAAACUGGUGGUGGAUUUCAAACAGGGCUCAGAUGGAUUCAAUCGCAGCAUCAACAACAUGCAUAAUUACCCAUUCAAGAUCGGGGACGAGACACUUCACUGGUGGAAGUGCGUGUUCAUGCACUGUAUUGAUAUGAUGGUGAUGAAUUCCUAUAUCAUUUACACUGAGUAUGUGGACAGAUUUCCAGCUGAAUUUGCAACUCCAUGCAAUGAGCUGGAUUUUAGGAAGGCUCUUGUCAAGUCUCUGUUGGUACAGAAGAGGCGUGGCAUGGACCUGUCCCCCUGUCGGGACUGUAUGCCAGAGAUGGUGGUGACACGCCGUGACUGUGCUGUCUGUAACGCCCAGGCAAGACUUGAAGGCAAUUCCUGCCCUAGUACAAAGACCAGCUUCAUUUGUAAGCACUGCUGUGUGCCUCUCUGCAUUUACAAAGACAGAAACUGUUUUGCAAAAUGGCACAUGCCCGACGGUAAAAACAUCAGGGAAUGGGUGAGGGCAUAUGGACGGAAGAGGAAACAUUCCGACUAAAGAACAAAUAUAUCCUUUCUACUUAAAUGUUAAACGUAAACAAAACAACGAACAGCUUUCAUGUGUUAAAAGUUUCAGAAUUAUUGAAUCUAAUUCAUUUGUACUCAAUAAUAAUCUAGAAAACUUACUUCCUUGAUUUCAAUUCCUCAGCCAUUAAUUAGCAAUUUAAUUUAGAGUCACAUUUGGUCUCACCUGCACAAAGUGCGAUUGCAAGUGAUCAGCUGACUCUUUGGUGCAGUGUUGGGUCUGCUGGAAAACCUGACUUCAAUAUAUUCUAAGAAUUUAAAUUGACUGUAAAGGAUGAUAAUGCUCAGAACUACAAAUAUUCCAUAUAGGUGCUAAAACCAGAUUGUGUGCUUCUCAUUGCUGUAUUUGAUCAAUACACUGUUGUCGUUUUCUUGACAAAAGUUUCAUUUUUAAAGUGUUUUGAUGACUUAUUGUGUUAGAAAGAAAUCAUUAGUGAAAAAGUAUACAUUUUUGUAGUUGAUAUUGAAAUAAGAAAUAAAGAUAUGCAUAUUUCCUUAAUUUUUACCAAAAAAGGAAAUAUUGCAUCUGCCAUAUUGGCCUCCAUUUUCCAUUAAUUACCUGCCCCUUUUGUAAUUUGCCUAAUAGUUGUCCAUGAUCCUGUUGGAGUUCUCUCCCCAUUUUGACGGUUAAAUACAGUGUUCUCUUAGACUAUUGACAAGUGUUUUAGAGGAAAGAAUGUGCUGAGAGGUUAUCAUGUAUAUCCAAAGAAAGAUUACCAGCUUACGGCAUCGCCAGUUCUCAAGCCAUGACGUCAUACAUAAGAUAUUGUUUCUUGUCUGUUCCAAUAGGAAUAGGUAGGAAAAUAGUUAUCGAGAUAACGUUAAACUUUGCAUCCCGGCAAAGCAAUAUCAUGUUCAAAUGUAUUUUUGUUUUUGUUUAUCAUGGAUCUUUUGUUUAUCUAUUUUAUCAAUGAAUGGCAAAUGAUUUCUGCAAAUCACAUGACACCCAUGUACAUUUGAUAUAUUUUUUUAAAGGAAUUCCCAGGUACAUACUUAAUUAUGCCUUUUUCUGUGACAUUUAUAUCAACACUGUCAUUAUCACCUUAUUUUGUACAGAAUUUGAUUUUUUUUCUUUUUUUAAAUACAUCAUCAUCAUCAUCAUCAUCCAUCAUCAUCAUCAUCAUCCAUCAUCAUCAUCAUCCAUCAUCAUCCAUCAUCAUCAUCCGUCAUCAUCCAUCAUCAUCAUCCAAUCAAUAUCUAAUGAGAUAGGACAUUUCUUAGUUUAGCUGAUCUCAUGUUUUGCUAUAUAAUCUUGACGUGUGUGUUAAUUAUGUCCAUGACAAUAUGAUUAUUUGUUAAAUGUUAUCACUUACUUUGUAAGUGUUGACAUCGUUUUGAUCAGAAUUUAUUAUCCGUUAUAUAUAUAUAAAGUACUUGCCUUUUCUAGAAUACAUGCAAGUAUGCCUUGUUUAUAUGAAAUAAUAAAGCUUGACAGAUUAUGUUUUUUCUUACUUGAUAGGAAUUUUCAUUUAUUUUCUUUUAUAAAUUGUUGAUACUUUUACAGCUGUAUAUGAAAUUUACCAUGAAUGAUAAUAUACUUUCCACAGCAAUUUGUGUUGACUCAUGCAUUUAUUGUGAAUUUUUCACUAGUCCUUUUGACAGUGCAAGGUUCAUAAUUUGCAUAGUUAAUGCUAGCUUCCAGUACAUAGGGUUGCAACUUACAUUUAUAUAUUUCAGUUUGGAUGAGUUAGAUUUAACUUGCAGAUUUAACUGUGUUAUACAUACUUUGAUUUUUUUUUAUUUUAUGCAUAAUUACUAGUCCAGAGCAACUGAGUGGAAUUGACAAAGUUUUGUGAGGAGUAUUAUUCAAUUUGGUUGUUUAUGGGAAUUCAGUGUAAGUGAAGGGUGUGGUCUCUCUGGCAGUGAAAUACUCUAAGAAUAUAUGUCUUAAGUACGUAUCUCAUAGGUCCUUAAAUUUGGGCCCAGUUAAAAUAAAAAA